AAGCACUACCUCCUCAUUUGUCAUCACCUCCCAAUAAAUCUCUCUAUCAUAAUAACUUUGUAAAUUAUCUCCUUCUUCACUUUAUUUUAUGUUCUUUCAUAUAAAGUGAAGAAGCAAAAUUAAAAAUGUCUUUAUUACUAAGGCUAUUUAUCUCACUUUACAUUACCCUUGCUUCAUUAGGCUUAUGUUUUAGCUAUUAUAUAGAGGAACCAUUUCAUCACACAAAUGUUGAACCAUACAUUGUUCAUCAUGAUGGGAGAUUUAUCAAGAGAAAACAUGAACACUUUGGCCUAAUGAUGAGAGCUAAUAGAGCUAAAAACCUUCAUUUUUCAAGGUCAAGUGGAACAAUUAGUGUUAAUGACUUUGGAGCCAGAGCUGAUGGAAGUGACGACAGUCGGGCAUUUGAAAAGGCUUGGAAUGAAGCAUGUUCUAGUGGGGUCACCCUUGUGGUGCCUGAAAGAAGGACCUACACUCUUAAGCCAAUAAGAUUUUCAGGUCCAUGCAGACCCAACACUGCAUUCAUGAUAUAUGGAACAAUUAAGGCAUGGCCAGAGAUGUCAGCAUAUGAAGAUGAUAGAAAACAUUGGAUUGUGUUUGAUAGUGUCAACAACUUCAGAGUUGAUGGUGGUGGCACUUUCAAUGGCAAUGGCAAAAAAUGGUGGCAGAAUUCAUGCAAAACUAAUGAUAACCUUCCAUGCAAAGAUGCACCAACUGCUGUGACAUUUUACCAAUGCAAGAAUUUGAGAGUGGCAAAUGUGAGAUUGAAAGAUGCACAACAAAUGCAUGUGGCAUUUGAGAGUUGCUUCAAUGUUAUAGUUUCCAAUGUUCUUGUUAGAGCACCAGGAUAUAGUCCCAACACUGAUGGAAUUCAUGUUGCUGAAACACAAAACAUUGUUAUAAGCGACAGUGACAUUGGAACAGGUGAUGAUUGUAUUUCAAUAGUAAGUGGAUCUCAAAAUGUUANUGUAAUUUAUAUAAGUUUAAGCAAUCAAUGUUUUUGCAGCAUUGGAAGCUUAGGAGCUGAUAACUCUGAAGCUGUAGUGUCCAAUGUGGUUGUGAACAGAGCCACCUUAACAGGAACAAGUAAUGGAGUUAGAAUCAAGACAUGGCAGGGAGGUUCUGGUUAUGCAAGGAACAUAAAGUUUUUGAACAUAGUGAUGCAAAAUGUGACAAAUCCCAUAAUCAUAGAUCAAAACUACUGUGAUCAAGAAAAGCCAUGCCAUGAGCAGAAGUCAGGAGUUCAACUAAGCAAUGUGCUUUACCAAAACAUCAGAGGAACAAGUGCUUCAGAAGUGGCUAUAAAAUUUGAUUGCAGCAGAACAGUGCCAUGCAGAGAAAUCUACCUUGAGGAUGUGAUAUUAGAAGCAGAAGAUGGUGGCAAUGGCGACACGGUUGCCACGUGUCAGAAUGUAAGAUAUGUGAACCGAGGAAAGUUUUUCCCUCAAUGCACUCCAAUGAGAAAUAAUCAAAGGGGAGGAAGAUUUUAAGUUAUUCUGUAAAUGUAUUCAGAGUUAUUAGCAAUUUGUUUCAUUAAGGCUUUUAUGUUGUGGCUUGUGUUGUGCGCCCCUUAAAGCUUUGUUUCUCUUGUCUCAUCUUUGAAAACAAAAAUGAACAACAUUGUUCAAAUAAUUUGUGAUAAGUUAUGCAACAACAGAGACUAACUUGAA